AUGAUGCUCGGGAAGGAGAAGGAUGUUGAUGAUCUUGAACUCGAUAGAGUGUCUAGUGGGCCUCGUGCUUUCAAGGCCAAAGGUCCCAACUCCAAGCGACUGUCAGGAAGACGCGCGCGUAAUGCAUCCGUCACCUCCCUGCCAAGCCUUGACCCAUCCGAAGGUGAGAAGGAUGAGGAGCAUCAUUUGUUCAGUGGUGGACUUGUCGGUCAAAUAACUGCAUGGCUCCGUGAGGAGAGAAAGAAACGUGAUGCGCGUAAGACUCGCAAAACUAACGAAAGUGAUUCUCACGGAAUCACAUCUGGUGUUGAGAUUGCUUCACGCUCCCGCCGUCGUAGCUCUGGCGAAAGUGUUGAUCUCAGCAGACUGGAGCAGAUCUUGAAGGAGAGCAUUCAUUUCGACAAGCCUCGUAAACCAUCACUCGUGCACCCAAGCAUCCGAAAGCGCCCUUCACUCAAGACGUUGCACAAGAACUCAUCCAACGCCGGUCAAUCUUCCGAUACUGAGUACCACGAUGGCGAUGCUCUCGUUCCUUCUGCUGAAGCGUGGCUUGAUAACACAAAGACACUUGCCAGUGCAGGAGGCGGCGCAGACCCAGCAGAGUCGACUGAGAGUCUUGGUCUUGGUACUCGUCAAGCUUGGUCAUCAUUCAAGUACGAGAUUGUUCGUCUUACGCAUACCCUUCGCAUCAAGGGAUGGCGUCGUGUACCUAUGGACAUGAGUAACGAGUGUACUGUUGAGAGACUCAGUGGCGCUCUCACCAAUGCCGUCUAUGUCGUCUCUCCUCCAAAGACAUUGCCUCCCCGACCCACAAGCGCCGAUGGACAACAACCCGUGCAACGUCCUCCUCCAGCCAAACUUCUCCUCCGUAUCUACGGGCCUCAGGUCGAACAUCUGAUCGACCGCGAAUCUGAGCUGCAAAUUCUCCGCCGUCUGGCCCGCAAGCGUAUAGGACCUCGCAUGCUGGGUACAUUCAGCAAUGGCCGUUUCGAAGAGUACUUCCACGCAAAGGCACUAGACCCCCAGGACCUGCGCAAUGCAGACACGUCCAAGCAAAUUGCCAAGCGUAUGCGUGAGCUUCACGAAGGCAUUGAUCUGCUCGAACGUGAGCGGGACGAAGGCGCUUUUGUCUGGCAAAACUGGGACAAGUGGUUCCAACGUGUUCAAGAUGUCACCAUGUGGCUUGACAGUGAGGUGCUCAAGCAACAGCAGAGCAGCAAGUCUGAUCAAGUUGAUGGAUGGCAGACUCGUGGCUUUGUCUGCGGUACUGAAUGGGCUGUCUUUAAGAGGACUGUGCAGAAGUAUCGCGAGUGGCUGGAAGCACAAUAUACUGAGCCUGGUCAACUUCGCUCUCGCUACGUCUUUGCCCACAAUGAUACUCAAUACGGCAACAUCCUCCGCCUCCUCCCCUCUGGUACCUCACCCCUCCUCCUCCCGGCAAACACCCACAAACAACUCAUCGUCAUCGACUUUGAAUACUCAAACGCAAACACCCCCGGUCUCGAAUUUGCAAACCACUUUACAGAAUGGUGCUACAACUACCACGACGAAAAAGCCGCCUGGCUCUGCAACACCGCCCUCUACCCCACCCCAGAGGAGCAAGACCGUUUCCUCCGCGCCUAUGUCCGUCAUCGUCCUCAAUUCAACGCUCCCACCCCCAACCUCGGUCCUGCAGAUACGGAGGAGAAGAAAAAGCGUCCUCAGGGUCCCACAAGCAGUAUAUCAAACUUUAUGCUCGAUGCCAGAGGUCCACCCGAAUCCCCCGCUGUUAUGGAAAAAGUGAAUAAAGACUAUCAAGACAGGGAAGAUGCGCAAGUGCAGAGUCUCCUUGCAGAGACCAAAAUGUGGCGAUUGGCUAAUUCGGCACAAUGGGUGGCUUGGGGCAUCGUGCAAGCCAAAGUGCCGGGAUUACCUGAUGCUACUACUACUACAUCUGCUUCUUCCAUCCCAUUGUCUGAAACCCCGGAUACUUUGACACCUACUACAGAAGACAACAACGAUGCUCAGCCAUUCUCGUCUGAUCCAUUGAGUCAAGAAUCUCAAGCUUUGCAACAGGAUAUCCACGAUAAACGACCCGAUCCCAAUGAAGAAGAUGAUGAAGCCGCGGAAGAGGAAUUCGAUUACCUGGCUUAUGCGAGGGAUAGAGCAAUGUUCUUUUGGGGUGAUGCUGUGGAAUUGGGGCUGAUUGAUAUUAACGAAUUGCCGGAGGAUGUUAGGUUGGGAUUGAAGAGGGUUGGUCGUUAA